CAGAUGGUGACACAAUGAGCGAGUGCUUUUCGGCGUGGGUUACGUUACGCCGUGCAAUGAACGACGAGCAAACUGCUAUCGCUGAAGGAUCGAGUGGCUACAGAAGCAGUGAACGGCCGAGGCGAGGACAGCGUUGGCAAAUGGCGUUGAGCUUUCAUCCCACCUUUCUUCCUCAGCGGGCGACAUGCCGUGACGGCAACACCGAAUGAGCCCUGAACGUGCAUCUCAUGGCGCUAUCUUGGUCUGACUCAAUGUCGAGUGCUGCGAUAAUUGAACCCUCAGCUAUCGGACCGAACAGCGCCUGCACACGACGGGGAAACGAAGUGUUGUGUGCAUUCCUUUCUGGUCGCUGCCAUCAAUCAAAUGCUUCCAGAAAUCUUCGCUGCAAGCCUUCCGCAACGAGAGCGCCACCGAUAACUUUAAGCAAUAUCCCGGGGUUGGAGUUAGCGGCCAUGAUGUAUCGAAACUCUAUUCAGUCCACCAAAGCCGUAAAACUUCGCGUGCGACGCGUCUGCGUCGCAUCACCACAACCUGCAUUCACGACAGCGGCACUGCCAUCGGGACAACGAAUCGUAUGUGGACCGCUAUGCUUCUGUACAGUCUCUCGAGUAGAUUUGUACUAUCAUUGUGUACUUACCUCCACUUACCGUCCCGAAAUCUGCCGACAAUCGGUUGGGAUGGGCUUUGGUGGCUCGCAUGUGAACGGCGCACCUUCAUGGCAUCUCAUGCGCGAUAAGGUCGAUGCUCGUUGACGUCGGGUCAUUAGUUCUCCACCGUCGUGGUGUCGCU